CCCGGAAGUGCGCGAGUAGGAGCGGAAGUGCUCGCUUGCUAGUAUCGGCUGAGUUGGUUCCGCGAUGGUGGGCGGCGGCGGCCUCUUGGAGAAUGCCAACCCCCUCAUCUACCAGCGCUCAGGGGAGCGGCCCGUGACGGCGGGCGAGGAGGACGAGCAGGUUCCCGACAGCAUCGACGCACGCGAGAUCUUCGAUCUGAUUCGCUCCAUCAACGACCCGGAGCAUCCACUGACGCUAGAGGAGUUGAACGUAGUAGAGCAGGUCCGGGUUCAGGUUAGCGACCCUGAGAGUACAGUGGCUGUGGCCUUCACACCAACCAUUCCGCACUGCAGCAUGGCCACUCUUAUUGGCCUGUCCAUCAAGGUCAAGCUUCUGCGCUCCCUUCCUCAGCGUUUCAAGAUGGAUGUGCACAUUACCCCGGGGACCCACGCCUCAGAGCAUGCUGUGAACAAGCAACUUGCAGAUAAGGAGAGGGUGGCAGCUGCCCUGGAGAACACCCACCUCCUGGAGGUUGUGAAUCAGUGCCUGUCAGCCCGCUCCUGAACCUGGCCUUUGGCCCCUGCCAGCCUGCAUACUGGUGUCCUGCUCCCAGCGCCGGCCAGGGCUCUUACCCUUGUUUUCUUGAAUCACUCACGAUGAGAAACUAACAUUUUGCUUUUUGUAAUAAACUUAAUUUAUAUUCAGUU